UAAAAACAUUCAAACAAAAAAAAGAAGAAAUUAUUUAAAGUUGAAAUAAAAACAUUAUUUUGCUUUCCAUAAAAUAUGGAUACUUCAGAAGUAGUUAUAGAAGAAAUCGACAGCAACGCAGUUCCGGAAUCCGAAUUAUCAGAAUUCCAAGAAACUCAACCUUUAAAAGUACUCGGUAUUUAUGAUGAUGUCGCGAUAGAGAUAGAUGAUGACGAGGAGGAGGAUGAGGGCAGUAUGAUAAAAAAGUUUAUACACGGCGAAGCAGAAUUUCCGGAUAUUUAUACUAAAUUGGAGUCUGAAGAGGAGGAGGAAGAAGAAGAAGACAUUGAUAAUGCGAACGAGACAAUAAAAGAGCAGCAACAGGAUAUGAUGCGCGAUUUGUUAGAACCCAGUACAAGUGUCGGAAAGAAUGCUAAAGAAGUCGAAACAGAUCUUGUUAUGGAAGAUACUAUAGGCGAUCGAAAAUCUCGUCUCCACUUAGGCGGUGGUCGACGUAGACCUUUUUUAAAUGUUGCAUUACAAGGUUUAAUGGGGGAAGCAAAUUUGUCUUUCGCUCGCGGUCAAACUGAAAUGGCUGAAAAGAUUUGUUUAGAAAUUAUACGUCAAGAUCCUUUGGCUGCAGAGCCGUUCUUUACGUUGGCGCAUAUUUACGAAUCCCGUGACACAGAAAAGUACCUAAAUUUUUUGACUAUUGCAGUGCAUUUGAAUCCCAGUGAUCGUUUUCAGUGGAUCCGCAUAGCUGAAAUGCAUAUAGCUCAAGGUAAUUUACAACGAGCUCGUUUAUAUUACACGCGUGCUAUUAAGGUGCAUAUGCGUGAUUAUGAUUUACGUUUACGUAAAGCACGUCUUUUAGAAACAAUGGGCGAACAAAACGCCUCGAUGAUUACCUAUUUAAAAAUGAUUCGUUAUUUGCCCCCGGAACGAGCCGAACUGUGUUUAGUUACUGCUAAAAACGUAGCACGACACUUUCAUGCUUUAAAUAAAAGUAAUUUAGCGUUGGAAGCCAUGCAGAACGCUUACGAAGUAUGCGGUCAGAAAUUUUCAUUAGAAGAUUUGAAUUUAUACAUGGAGUUACUUAUUCUUAACAAAGAGCAUGCGAAGGUAUUGCAGUGUUUAAAGGAACGUACUGAUUUACGUUUGGAAAAAGAUAAUGAGAAUAAUUUAGAUAUGAUGUGGUGCGUUAUUCCAGAUGAUUAUAUACCUGAUUUUAGAGCAAAAUUAUGUGUGACAUUAGUAGCUUUAAAGGCACAUCAUUUGCUGGGGUAUCUAAUACAAAAUGUUCAUGAGCAUAUCCCUGUAGUAAAUGAACGCGUUGAUCUGUAUAUUGAUAUAGCUGAAGCUCUCAUGCAAGAACAUAAAUAUGCCGAAGCAAUUUCUUUACUGCGGCCCAUAGUAGAUGGCGAUUUCAUAGAUUGUCCACCUUUUGUUUGGCUACGUCAAGCCGAAUGCCUACGCCAUUUAAAUCGAACUACAGAGGCUAUCGAGAGCUACGCCAAAGUUGUUGAAUUAGCUCCGUUUUGUUAUGAGGCUAAGUUCACUUUGUCUGCGUUGCUAAAGCAGCAAGGCCGUCACGUAGAAGCUGUUAAAGCUCUGGAACAGUCCGGUGAAGGUGAAGGUCAACCGCUACAUGCUCGAUUGUUAUAUGAGCGAUGUAUAAUGCUUCAACAAUUAGGGAAAAUUGAUGAAUUUUUAGAGGUAGGUUGCGUUCUAUUGGGCCGCCAAUCCAUAAAGUUACGCACGCGUGAAGAAAUGCUGGCAGCGGCAAAUGGUGGCUCAUGUUACAAUGCUGAAGGUUUGAAAGUUAUACUGCAAAUGCGUAACAUAAUUGGCGAUGAGGCUGAGAAAGCCCUAGAGAUUCCCAAAUCCUCACCAGCCGACAAUUUAACUAUACACGAUGAAUAUCAAUUAUUUUUAGAACUUAUGCGUACAGGUUUUUAUCAUCGUAAAUUUAGUGCAAUAGAGCGUGUGUGCUUCGCCGUAGUUACCACAAAACGUUUUGCAGUUUAUCAUACGGAUCUGGUCCGUAUUAUUAUAUUGUCGUGUUAUUUUAAUGAUGACAAUGCGAUUGCGUUCUCUUACUUACGAGAGCUGAUACAUAAAAACGUCACUCAUAUUCCGCAAUGGAAUUUAUUAUCAUUGAUGAUACAGAAGGGCCAAGAUUUACGAUAUCAUCGCUACAUGUCGCGUUUGAUAUCACGACAACCGGUCGCACGACAAAUGCGUAUAUUUAUAGCACAUUAUCAUUUUCAUUGCAGUUCCUUUAAGUACGCAUUAAAUGUAUACGCGCCCAUUUUCAAAGAAUAUCAACAACCUAUUGUAGCCCUAUGUAUAGCUGUGAUCUUCAAUCAAAUCUCAUUGCAAAAAAAAAUUCUACGAAAAUGUGCUGCCGUGUCGCAAUCUAUAAUGUUUGCUCACAAAUAUGCCAGUUUACGUCGCGUCGACGCUAGUGGGGAUGACAAUAAUUCGGCCGCUUCUCAAGAAAUAAAUUACAAUAUUGGGCGUAUUUAUCAUCAAGCCAAUAUGAUGCAUUUGGCUGUAGAAUAUUAUGAGAAGGCUUUAGCUUGUCAGCAUCCAUUGAUUGAAGAGCACUCCAAAUAUCUUAGCCUAAAACAAGAAAUAGCUUUCAAUUUGCAUUUAAUCUAUAAAUCGAAUGGGAACUUGGCAAAAGCUCGUCAUUACUUAUAUGAAUAUUGCGUGGUUUAAGCACACAUGGAAGCAAUGAAUGGAUGCCUUUGUUCGGUGAACGUUUACUUGAAAAUCAAUUAGAAUAUAGAGGAAAUGCAGUUUCGCCAUAAUUAGCUUUUAACAGAUUAAUUGAGUUUAUUUAUAAGACGCUCAGAUUAUGCAGUGAUUAUGAGUAUGUUAUGCUAAAGAGAACUCUUGCAAAGCAGGCGGCCAGCUUGGAGAUAAUAAUAAAGCCAUCGACUACGCAAAAAUAUUUCUAUGAGACUUUGCUGUUUGGAUUAUGAUUUGUGA